AUGUCUCUUAUACUUUUUGAAAGUUCUUACGAUGAGGAAACAAAGUUCAGCUGGUUCAAGAACUCCACCGUAGAGGUGGCUGGGGACAAGUUCAAGUCUGCUUGCGGUCCACUCUGGCACCGGAGGAAGCGCCUGAAGAGGACAUGCAUGAUUGAUCAGGAUCUACUCGACAUGCUCUACCUGUGUCGCGCGGAAGAACUCGCAAAGAGGCCCAAGAUCCUCGAUCUCGCUAUUCGCGUCCGCGAGUAUGUGACUACCAGGGACCAGGCCUAUUAUGAAGGCAGAGAGAAUGAGUCGGACGAUGCCAUUCGUAGUCGUAUGAUCAAUCUCUUGGUCAACCCUGGCAACUACACUACCAAUAACGCGGAAGCUAUUCCACCGCCAGACGACAGCAACGUGACAGAAUCGGCUAUGGAAGAGUAG